AUGCCGCCGUCAUCACCUACGUUACUCACUCCGUACGGAUAUUCAUCUGGUACUUGCGGAUACUGUUCACCCGCCGGGAAGAGGAGUCAAAGGUCUACUUCUUCGAAAUAUGGAAUGGUCGCUGAGCAGAUGACACCCGAGUUCUAUCAGCUGUUGAUAGAUAGAGGAUGGAGAAGAUCAGGCGAUUAUGUAUAUCACCCAGAUAUGGCCCGAACAUGUUGUCCACAAUAUACGAUCCGUCUGAAUUCGACAAACUUCAAGGGCAAUAAGAAACAUCGUCAGGUAGUCAAUCGCUUCAAUAGAUUUCUAGAGACGGGUCAAAAACCUGGAGAAGAGGAAUCGUCCUCAACGAUAAACGUGGAGGGCAAAGCCAAAGCUGUCAAUGGAAAGGGCAAAGGGAAAGGGAAGGAUAAUAAGACUUCGAAAAGGGAUUUUUUAGAUGAUCUACAUCGAUACGAAAUUGGAUAUAUACAGAAAGAUGAAGAAGAGUCUUUAGCACAUAGAUUCGAGACCAAGUUAGUUCCUGCUAAAGCAACAUCCCAGACUUUCGAACUGUACAAAGCCUACCAAACGGCUGUACAUAAGGAUAAACCUGAAAAGGUUACGAUGAGAGGAUUCGACAGGUUCUUAUGUGGCAAGACGUUGAUUGACACGCCUAUAAAGUACACGGAAGAUGUUGAAGGAGACAUAAAGGAUGGACAACUCCCUAAAACCUACGGACAGUAUCAUCUACUCUACAAAGUCGAUACUCAAAUCAUAGGCAUCUCCGUCAUUGACAUUUUACCAAAUUGCGUCAGUAGUGUAUAUUUCAUUUGGCAUCCCGAUUGGGCAUGGGCUAGUCUAGGUAAAUUGUCGGCAUUGUAUGAGAUCUCGCUAGCUAGGAGGAUGAGGGAGAAAGGUGCGCAAGGGAUGGAAUGGGUCUAUAUGGGCUACUGGAUACCGGACUGUCAAAAGAUGAAAUAUAAAUCUGAAUAUUCACCUUCCGAAUUACUUGAUCCUGGAACGAACACAUUUCAUCUUCUCGAUAAAACACUAGAAACGUUUGUUAUAAAAAAUCCAAAAGGUUAUUUCCCAUUUGCCAAUGUCACUUCCUCCCAUUCGACUCAUAAUAAGCAAGAUGGUGCGAACAAGUUGUCUAGUCCAGAUAAAGACGCGAUUGGUUCUUCGGAUAAUACAGAAGAGGUAUCAGAUGAAGAAUUAGACGAAGAAUCACCUUCGACGAUCCCUAACCCUCCACCACCAGGGUUCGAAGAUAUGUCUAGGAUAACGGAUGAAGAUGUUGAAGAUGUUUUGUUGUUAAUGGGAAGGAAUAAGUAUACGAAAAGUGGUGGGAAAUUAAUUCCAAUCAUUAAUCUCGAAUUCAGGAAUCAACAAGCGAUGUACACAGAGAUCAAAGAAUUCUUAUCUGCUGUAGGGAAAGAUAAUGUGGUUAGUACUUCAGGGGGGAUAAGUGGUAAAGCGGUUUUAUAUUUAGGUUGA